AUGAUAAACGAUUCAUUCAUUUCUUUAGAACAUGGGGUUGAUUGCGAGACAGAGAAUUUCAAGUUGAAUAUUGUUAUUCAAAAUCUUGAGACGGAAAAUAACGAGACAGUUAAACAAAACAGAUCGCGAGAAAUCAAAAUUGUUACUCAAGGAUUUGACAUUGACAGCCUCGAAUUCAAAAUCAAAAAAUAUACCGACGAAUUAAAAGAUGCAAAAAAUGAACAAAUAAUUCUUGAACGACGGCUUCAGCAACUUGAACUACAGAAAUCCGAACAAAAUGUUAUGGUCAAUCGAGCAACAAACGAGAUUAAUCGUUUAAUGUCGAUUAUUGUAAAAAUGGAAGAAUCUGAAGCAGCGUUUCAAGCCGAAAAUCGUCAUCAGAAACUGCUAAUUCAAAGGCUAAAAGACAAGAUUGCAGUUUUUGAUUCUGAAUUGAUUCAUUAUAAGGAAUCAAAAGACAGUGAAACCAAUAUGCUGAAUUCUAUUAUAGAAUCACUUGUGUCAUCAAAUACCUUGUUAAGAGAACAAAUAAACGAAAAUAGACACGAGAUGGAGAUACUGGGUAGCAUGAUUUCGUCAUUCGAAAAAUCCAAAACGUCUCUUAUAGAAGAGAAUCACCAGAAGCAAAUAAUUAUUAACGACUUACAAAGCCAACUGGUAUCACUCAACACAAAGUUACAGGAUCUUGAAAGAAAAAAAAAGGAAUUGCCAAAGGCGUCAUCACAAAAAAAAAAUUGGGAGUGGCUGUUUAAUUCAUCGUUAAGUCCGUUGGAAAAAGCUAAUCAUUUCUUUCAACUGCGAAAUGAGUAUUUAGAAGAAAAUGACACGAGUCAGACGGAUGAAAAGAAAGUUCCGAUAGAACAGUAUGUUGAGUAUUUGGGAAAGGAAUAUAAAAUUAUGAAUGCCUUUCUUUUGAAUUUGAACUUGACGGUACGAUCUCUCUCUCUCAAAAACCAUCGUUUUGGUGACGAGAAAAUGAAAACGAACUUUACUCAUAAUAAUUUAUUCAUUCAUAAUGAUAAUAAAUCCUUGACAAGCAACGGUAACGCCAGCGAAAUUAAUAAAACGACAAUACUUGAAUUAGCUGGGCGACGCUUUAGCUAUUAA